UUCCUUGCCGCUGUCGCCUCUGGCUUGCUUAGCUGGGGUCACUUCAUCUGCAGUGAUAUCAUUGACUUGAUUGCAAAUAGACACUGUUUAAACUGAACAGAGAUGACAUCACUGAAUUCAAUGAAGAACUGCCUUUAACUGUCAUUUUGCAUUAUUGACACACUGUUUUCCUAAUGAACUAAUGAAUGUUGUUCAGUUGCUUUGACACAAUAUAUUUUGUUUAAAGCGCUAUAUAAAUAAAGGUGACUUGACUUGACCUAAUGUAUACUUUUUAAUCAGUCAAUAUGGUGCGAUUAUCUGCUUUUAUUACACUGCUCUCUGGAAUGCUUGAUUCUGAUUGGUCAGUUGUGACAUUUUGAGACGUGUUGUUCCCCACAUAACAACUGCCAUUAGAAACACCAAAUAACAAUCUCUAGUUUCAUUCAAAUGCAACUGCUGUCAUCUUGUGCCUCAGUUAUUGACUGUAUUUACUGUAAAAUGAAACAAGAGGACUUGCUGUUUUUGAACACUGUAAUAAAUGUAAGAUAAUAAGCAGAUAAGAUUUUAAAACACUUUCUUCUCAUUUAACAUCCUCUUCGUGUUGAAAGACUGUGUGAUAUUAUGCCUUAGGUGUUCAUCUUAUUUGAUGGGAACUGUUUUUCUUAGUGAAACUUUGCAUUUAAAGAGCUAAUGUUUCAACUCAAAUCAAUAUUUUGUGUGUAAUUAUUUACUUGUAAAUAAACGUAAACAGUAAACGUGUAAACGUAAUAAGCAGGAUAAUGUACAUCCAGCCAUGGCAAAAUAAAACCUUUUCAUUGUGUUUUAAAAGCCCUCUGUUAUGUGCAGCUAAAGAUAUCGUUUAAGACCUUCCCUUUUAUUUGAUUGUAUAACUUUUGCAUGUGCAGGCAGCAGUAGCUCCUCCUCCUCAUGUUUGUUCAGUCUGCACAAAGAGUGUUGCUCACUGCUGUCAUGAGUCCCAGAGAAAGUGCCAGACUUUUCCUGUUACUUCUGUUGAACCUGAACCUGCAGGGUGUCUCAGGAGGUAAGGUCAUCGUCUGGCCUUCCGAAUUCAGCCACUGGCUCAAUGUAAAAGUCAUCCUAGAUGCACUGAUCUCCAGAGGACACAGUAUCACAGUGGUGACCCACACAGCUACGCCGUCUGUCAACACCACCCCAUCCGUGGGCUACAAUGUGGAUAUUCUACAGGUACCUCACACGAAGCAGGACAUCCUGGAGAAUAUGGAAAGGAUGCUGAAAUACUGGACUCAUGAUCUACCCAAUGACAACAUCAUCAAAGCUUCAAUGAAGAUCAAGGAGAUGCUUGACUUAGGCACAGAACAGAAUCAGGCUGUGUGCAGGGAACUCUUUGCCAGAGAAGACCUUCUGGAGAAGUGGAGAAAAGAGAAGUUUGACGUCUUGCUUGCAGACCCCCUCUUCAUGUGCGGGGAGCUGCUGGCACAGAAGCUAAACAUACCAUUAGUCCUCAGUCUCAGGUUUACCUUCGGUAACACUGUUGAGAGACUCUGCGGCCAACUGCCGGCACCGCCAUCCUACGUCCCUGCAGUCGUCUCUGAGAAUACAGAUGAAAUGAAUUUCUUGCAGAGGCUGAAAAACUUUCUAUUUUAUGGCACACAGGAUGUCCUGUUUUAUCUUGUGACUAAAUCAAAGUGGGAUCACCUUUAUACGCAAGUGAUGGGAAAACCCACUACAAUGUGUGAGACCAUGGGAAAAGCCGACAUCUGGUUGAUUAGAACAUACUGGGAUUUUGAGUAUCCACGCCCACUUCUGCCUAAUUUUAAAUUUGUUGGAGGACUACACUGCAAACCCGCCAAGCCUCUGCCAAAGGAGGAGUUUGUUCAGAGCUCAGGAGAUCAUGGCAUCAUUGUGUUCUCAUUGGGUUCCAUGAUCAGCAACCUGACAAUGGAAAGAGCAAACACCAUUGCUUCUGCUCUUGCCCAGAUCCCACAAAAGGUCGUUUGGCGUUAUCAUGGCAAAACACCAGAAACUCUUGCUCCCAAUACAAAAAUCUAUGACUGGAUCCCACAGAAUGAUUUGCUUGGUCAUCCAAAAACGAAGGCCUUCAUUACCCAUGGUGGGACAAAUGGACUGUAUGAGGCUAUUUAUCAUGGUGUCCCAAUGGUGGGCUUGCCACUGUUUGCUGACCAGCCUGAUAACCUAAUGCACAUGAAAACCAAAGGAGCUGCUGUUGUUCUUGACAUCAACCAAAUGCAGUCCGAAGACCUGGUGGAUGCGCUCAAGACUGUCUUAAAUAAUCCAUCAUACAAGGAGAGCAUCAUGAGAAUAUCCAGAAUUCACCAUGACCAGCCAAUGAAGCCUCUGGACCAGGCAGUUUACUGGAUUGAAUUUGUGAUGCGGAAUAAAGGAGCUAAACAUCUGAGAGUUCAGGCACAUGAUCUGAGCUGGUAUCAGUACCACUGCCUGGACGUAGUGGCCUUCUUACUCUCGAUUGUUGCACUGAUCACGUUCCUCUUAAUUAAAACAUGCUGUUUCCUUUUCCGCAAAUGUUUCAGAAAGACUCAUCCUGAUGCCAAAGCAAAAAAAGAGUAAAACAGAGUGAAUGUGACGUAGGUUCCCAGAGAAGUAUUUCCUUCAAUUGACUGUGGUACAUGUCUCCUCAUCACAUGUAUACGAUGGCCAGAGUGCAUUCUGACUACAUUCCAAACUGUAUGUUCUUAUUAAAACGAAUACAUGUGAAUGUUAUAAUAAUUAUGUACAAUAAUUACCUAAAUAAAAUAAAAACAUUUAAUAUAAUAGAUAUUACUGUCAAGGGCGAUUUAUUUACUUCAUAAUUUUCAGGCCCUUUAGAAUUAUCUAAAAUCUAUUGCAAAAUUUUAUUUUGUAUGACUCUGCCCAAAUUAUAAAUAUGGUGUAUUGGAAAAACUAUGUUGUUUCCAAGUUCAGCAGGUCAGAGUUAGAUUUUAGAUUAAAUUUAUGCCUGCCCUAUUCAGUUAUAUUUUAUACCUAUCUAUGCAAUACAGUGGAAUACUGCUCUUUUAUAUAUAUAUAUAUAUAUAUAUAUAUAUAUAUAUAUAUAUAUAUAUAUAUAUAUAUAUAUAUCCUCGUUGGGGGCUGAGACCCCAAAAAAUUAAAACAUCUCUGUUCUGUAGUCCAUAAGCGCCCUCUGCUGUCAAACUGUGGAUUUACAAAUUCAUUCAGUCUGCCAAAUUUUUUUUUUAAGACCAAUGCAAAAUCAGACCAGAUUUUUGUUGUAAAUCUUGGUGGAAUAUAGCCUACCUUGUUAUCAGAAGUGUUGAGAUUUUUAGAAUGCAUAUUAACUUAUGUAGAACUGUUUAUGGAGAAGAUAAUUGUAUAUUUUUUUAAAUAGUCAAAACUUUAUUUGAACGUAGUAUGUUCAAGUAUGUUAGUUAACAUGUAAUGAAUAUUUUUUGUUAGUUUAAAAUCUGGCCAUGAUUUUUUAAAUGUUUUAUUUCACUGUUUUGGCAAAUAAAAAUGCAUUGUGCUGCUAAUUUCAUUUGUUGGCUUAUUUC